AUGACUGACUCAACCCUUUACCUCUACACUUCCCUGACCGCGGGGUCAUCACACAUCGUCACUGCGACCUCCCGAAUUGAGACUAUCCUCAAAGCGAAUAAGAUACCCUUCCGCGCCAUUGAUGUCGCUACCGACGAAGCUGCCCGGAAGCUCUGGGGCCGACGCUCCAAGGGCAAGAAGCUCCCAGGGUUGGUGAAGUAUGGCGACCUUGUGGGAGAUCUAGAAGAGAUCGAAGAAUGGAACGAAUUCGGCGAAUUACGUAUGGUAGUAAAUAGCGUGCAGGACCUGGGGGGGAUGCCCGCCACCAGCUACCCUACCCCAGCAACCGAGAUCAAAGUCGACCCGACACCUGCCACCCCCAAUCCCCCCACGUUCAAUAUCCAAACCCCUCCCGUUACCAAGCCCGAAGACAAGAAGGAUGACACAGCGGUGGUAGCUCUGCGCCAGGCUAGCUCGGAGGCUGCAUCUAAGGCGAAGGCCAAGAUAGAAGAUAAGAAAGAGCUCAAGGAACAGACUACAGAGGUACCCAUCGCCAGCCAUGCGCACCGUGGCUCAGUGGCCCCCGAAUUGCCCGAGACCCCUUCGGAUUCAUCCAAGUCCACGAAACGCCCGACCCUAGUUCCCGAACAAGCGGCCGUAUCAUCGGCAAACUUCCACGCAGAUAAUGCCGAGGUACUCGGGUUGGUUGGACAUCACCGCGGAUCCAAGGUGUCGACGCUCGAUAAUGCGGAUCAAAAGAAGGUGGUGCAUGAGAUCAGAAAAUCUAUCUUUGCGGAGCCUAUGAGCAAUAUUGAUGCUCUGCGCAAAGAGGCUACGGAGAGGGCGAAGUUUGAGCUGAUGAAGGAGGCGCCGAGUCCGAUGAUUACCCGUGUGGUCGUGAAGAAAAAGGAAGAGCUUCUGGAACCCAACGAGCCUAUGGGCAAUGCUAUCGCUGAAAUGCUUGCGAGGCCUAUGGUGCCGCGAGGGUUCGGGCUAGAGCCUAGGAAAUAG